AUGGUGGGACCUGGAUUUCGUGAUGACCAUAUUCUCUUGAUCGCGCCUGGGUCAAAGUUUACAUUGGCUCAAUUGGGUCUACCCGAGUCGUUUACGCCUGCAAAAUUGCGAUUCCCGACGCGGAUGUUCCCCGGGUUGGAGGAGGGGCAAUAUUUACCAAACAAAGUCCAUGAGCUUAAGGAAGGAGAAGAGAUGCUGCUUCGCAAUGGCGAGGUCAUGACAGCAGGACCAAAUGGAAAGCCAGUCAAGAAGCGAAAAGUUGAUUCCGCAUCGAAACCGAGCACGACAACCCAGGCGGCUGCCGGUGAGGCCGCAAAGCCUACUGAUGGUAAAGGCGACACUACUAUGGCCGAUGCUGCGGAUGAUCGCGAGGAGAACGAAGAUGAAGGAGGAGAUGACGACGAGGAGAUGAAUGGAACAAAGGAGGAAGGCACAAACUCGAAACUGUUCUACGAAGAUGAUGACGACGAGGAAGGAGCGGUAUGGUGCCUAGAACAGGGCCGUAUUGCUAAUUGGGAGGCUUUCUUUGCUUUGUUGUUACAUAUUCACGAGACGCUCAACCCGACCUUCCAUACACCCAUCCUCAUGAUCUCGCAGCCCUGUUGGACUUGUACAGAUAAAGAAAGAAUCUGCCAGUUCAUCUUUGAAAAGCUGAAGACACCGGGUUUCGGGAUGAUGGACGCUGCAGCUGCAAUUAAUGCCGCUUACAAUGUCCAGCAUUCACUCGUCAUUGAUGUCGGAUAUGAUAAAACCGACAUCACAGCCCUAAUAGAUUGGAACAUUCAGGAAGUCAACCGAACAACGAUUCCGUUUGGGGGGAACUCAAUGAACAAACAUCUCCACAAGCUACUACCAGACCUGACAGAAGAAGAAAUCGAUCAGUUGAAGCGAAGCAAUAUCUGCGAAAUACUCCCACACGGAGUUCCUAUUCCUGGAGAAGAAGAUAUAGAUAAGGAUGAAGUUUUGCGGCCAGUUGAACCUACUACAAUCGGGAUGGGUGGCAUCGCACAACCUAAGGCGUUGGACGAGGAAGGGGAUGAAGAGGAGGAAGAGGGUGUUACAAACAUCGCUGCAAUCGUUGCUAGUGGUAAAACACAAGAGUAUCUCGCUAAGAAAGAGAAAGAAAAGGCAGACAAGAGAGCAGGACUUGCUGCUGGUGAAAAAAGGCUCCCUAACUAUAAAAGAGAAAAGAAUUCGUUCUUAUAUGUCGAGAAGGUCCAUGAUUCAGUUAUGGAAGACGGUAAAACUGAUCAUCCAACCGAGAUACUUGAUGGUGAACGAAUGGAUGUUGAUGUCGCUCCUCCUACAACGGAAGAGCCAAAGCCCGUUGAAGAAUCCUCUGUCACGAGUGGAAUUGAUGGUCCUCUGCCAGCUUCUUCUGAAGAGAAGCAACCCGAGGCCACAAAAUUAGAUACGGAGAGCUCAAAAGUCGCACCCGACGCAGACCCAAGCAAAGGAGGGCCGUCGCUCAUGGAAUCUAUGUUCUCAGGCACAAAAGACGAUGAUGAUGCUAAGCGAGCCCAGGAAAAGGCUCUGCGAAGAGAGGAGAAAAAGAGACAAGAGGCAGCCCAGUCUGGAGAGAGGAGAAAGGAAAUCGAGGUCGGAACUGAACGAUUCAAGGCAGCGGAAGGCGGUAUUUUAGAAGCUAUUGCCGACGCUGCACAUCGCGUAGUUAGCAGCGCCGACAACUACAACCUGCGUUCUGAAUGCUGGAAUUCUGUCAUCAUCGCAGGUGGCGGAUGUCGUGUUAAAGGCUUCAAAGAUGCCCUGCUCAACACCAUAGUCACGAAAUACCAAGUUUCACCCUCUUCUGGGACCAUCUUCACAUCUGAGCUUCCUUCCAACAUUCCCACGCCGUCUGGAACUGGCACUAAUACGCCCCAGCCGUCCGCAUUCAACUCACAGCAACCGAAUGCCCUCCUGCUACAGGCCGCAGCCAAUAACGCAGCGCUCGCCGCGGCCGGCCAACACCACUUAUCCAUUCCUCAGCCUAAUCAAGGCCCCACCUCGAUCAAAAUCGCAAAGAUUCCGGAAUAUUUCCCCGAGUGGAAAGAUCAUGGAUUCGAUGAGUGUAUGUUCCUUGGCGCACAACUGGGCGCUAAGAUAUACUUUGUCACAGAUCAAGGAGCCAAUAAAGGUUUUGUCACACGCGCAGAUUACAACUCCCAAGGACCUCAAGCCAUCCACAAUAUUUAG